GACCGAACAGCAGGACACCGCAGCAGUAGUGUGCACAGACCGGCGAAGAAGCUCAAAAGGGUAUGAGUACCUGCGCCUCGGUCAGGCUCGCUUUUCAAACACAACAAGAGAACAUAAGUCGAUAUGAUUAUCCCGAAAGAGGUCCAGUGCCGUACUUGCGAACAGGUGUUCUGUUGUGCCAAGUGCCGCCAGCGACACGAAGAUGGCAGCCAUCAGGAAGCCACCAUGAUACGUAAAAUUUGCUACAUCUGCAACAACCGGCCAUUUCCCCUGCGGAGGGAUACCAAAAUAACGCCAAACAAUUUAUUGAUCGUUCAUAUACUGAAAGAUCAUCUACCGCUGCGUUGCAAUCGUUGUGAGAAGGUUUUCUAUACCCUCGAGGAUUUCAAGAAUGUCAACAAGUGUUUCAUGGUUUGCGCGAGCAAUGAACCCGGCAAGGAAAGCGAAUGUCAUUUGGAAAGUAGCAAGCCGAUUUGUGCGGAACCGGUAACACAUACGGACGAGGUUGAAAAUAAGGAGAACUUUGCAACUGCUCAAACCCUCGCGAACGAUGAUGGUGGCCCGGUGGUGAACCGGCACCAACCGCCGAAUACGAGUGGUCGUCGCAAGAGUAGCAUUUUGCCCGGCGAUUUGCAACCUUUCGCCGACCCGGAAAACAAAAUCGAGGAAGUGGACGAAGCGCUGUUGACGCCCCUGACCAAGAUCAACCUUCGGUGGAAGCGCAAGAGUCGUCAAAGUUUCGACAGUAUACUCUCGGUGACGAACAACACGUCGGAGGCGAACGCGUCUGGUAUGCUGCGGGUCGAUGCACCCGGUGGAGGACCGGCAGGAAAUAGGCGCAAGUUGGUCCGCACCACCUCGACACCGAUGUACCAGUGGCAGAUAAUGCCAUCGAUCAUGGCGCUAAAGCACCCGAAUGAAUCCUAUUCGGCCACGAUGGGACAGAUGUCGAGCAUACACUGUAGCAGCGGCAGCGAAACCGAUAGCCGCACGGAAGAGCUCGAAAGUCCCCCACAACCGCAACCGGUACCGCCUCCUCCACCACCGCCCAGUAGUAUGCCGGACGAGCUGAAUAAGGUACGGGCGGCGAUCAUUCGCACGAACCGAUCGAAGGCGGCUGCGACCCCGCUGAGGCAGGUGAUGUCGAAGAGUAUCCAGCGGGCCAUCGCACAGCACACCGGUGCGUACUCUAAGAUGCUACUGCCCGGCACUCAGCGUAAGAUGAGCUUCAAUUCGACGAUGAGCAGCGGAGUGAACAGUAUGAUCGCGUCGCCGGUACGUGACCCGCUCGACCUGCGCACCACACCGGUGCUGAAGCGGCGGGGUGGAAGCGUCACAUCGAACGGAACGGACCAUUCCCAGCAAACGCGUCGUGAAAACUCCGUCCGCAUGCUGACCAAGACCGCAUCCGUGGACAGUGGGCGAAUGAGAAUGUUCCAGGAAUCGGAAUCUACCAACAACUCUUCGGAACCCUCAGAGUAUUACGAGACCCACCGGGACAUGGACACCCUGUGGAGCUCGACUGAAGACGAGCCGGCUGAUCGAGAAAAUCGCAACAAUUUCCGGAAGCAGGACGAACCGGCCUAUCCUCGCACCCCAAAACAAGCGACUGUUAAAAAGACGAUCAAUUUUGACGAACCGUCUUCAAAGCACAACCUGACGGAUGAGAAGAGCAUCGAAGGGGACGAUGUCUGGGGCACGCCAUCGUCGACGCUUCCCGUGCGCAGCUUCAGCUGUUCGGCGGUCGGUCUUGGCGAUACAUUCAAAGCGUAUGACGCGUCGGUUGAAGAAACCGAUGAGCAGGAUUCCACAUUGGAUGAAGUGUUCUAUCCGCCGCCACGAAGCUCGAAGCUCCCUGCGAUGGAAGACAAGGACCAGUGGAAGAAGAAAUCUCAAACGGCCGUUGGAGCGGCAAAAACGCAAAAUGGUGGCCGACUGUGGUCGAUCGUUUCGAACGUCAUUCGGCUGGCGUCACGGGGUGACGUACAGGAAGAACUUGCGGCUGGAAGCCGUGCCAACGUGGAGGUGUCUCAAGCUGCAAGAGGAAGUGGAGGUGGUGGAGGAGGUGUAGGGCUGGUGCAAAGAGCUGUUUCGUUUGCGGACUAUCUGAAGAGUCGCUACAAAGGUUCCGAUGGGGCAGGGUCUUCGGUUCGCACGUCCUCGUCCGGCUCGGACGAAUAUCGAAUACUGUCGGGCACGAACGGAAAGAAGCGUCGGCGUGCAGUCACGACGGUCUACUCGCGGACGUUCGCCCCGGCUACGAUGGCUGUUCCGAAAGUGCAAUGCAACAGUCCGGUAGCGAAGCGGAAACGUAUCCAGGCACGGCAACCGAUUCAGCGCCUCCGCAAUACGAGCAGUGGCAGCGGCAGCAGCUCUAACGGUAUGAUAGGUUAGGCAACUUUCUUAGAUCUUCCGACCACCGAAUGCUUCCUGGGAAGUUUGUGUUUAUAUUUUAGUAUGUUAUAUGCUUUAGGGAAGAAUGUUACUUAUUUGCCAUUCACUGGAAUUUGAACGAUGAAAAUAUAUGUUUUUGAAUUGUUUGAAACAGCAACAA